AUGAGAUGGACAAAUGUGAUGUCUGCUUUUGUUCUUAAGCGUUUCUGUCAGCUAAUUUCAACUGGGAUUAGGACUGACAAAGGGUUCAAGGAGGUGCACCUUAAUCAGGUUGCAAAGGACCUCAAGGAGUUCAGUGGGCAUGAUGUCACUGGGACUCAGGUGUAUAAUCACCUGCGCAAGUGGAGGCAGAGAUGGGUUAGGAUCAUCAAACUUAGAGAGCUUAGUGGGGCUCUGUUUGAUGAGGACAACCAUAUGAUCACCCUAGAAGAAGAACACUAUAAUGGCCAUGUUAAGGCUCACCCUAAGGAUGCUGAACUACUUAAUAAACCCAUAGAGAACUACAAGCAAAUGGAGGUCAUCUUUGGCAAUGGCCUGGCCACUGGCAAGUUUGCCAUGGGCUCCAGUGAGCCACUGGGUUCUCCUUCAGACUUUGUUGAGAGCUCAUUUAAGUCUGAUGAGAAUGUUAAGGGGGCAGAGGAUGGGAGCAAGAAGGAGGUGCCUGUUAGUGGUGGUUCUGGAAGUGGGUCUGGGAAAAAAGGAAGAGGUCAGUGCUAA